AUGUCCCUCCAACAAACCCUCAAAGACCUCCUCGAGGCCUCCCUCACCCCCUCCCCAACCGUCAUCCUCUUCGGCCUCGCCUUUUGCCUCCUCGCCCCCAUCCUCCUCCACUUCCUCUACUCAACCGCAACCCCCUACACCACCCUCCCCUCCGUCCUCCUCCUCGGCCCCCCAGGAGCAGGCAAAACAGCCCUAACCACCCUCUUCGAGCGCGGCCCCCUCGACCUCCCCCUCGCAAAAACCCACACCUCCCAAGUCCCCUCCUCCAUUGAACUCUCCAUCAACUCCGACGACCCCUCCAGCGCAUCCUACAAAACCAACCUCGACGAAGCAGGCGCAACAGCCAAAAAAUUCCUCCUGGUCGACACCCCCGGCCACCCCAAACUCCGCGCCUCCUCCCUCGCCCAUUUGAACUCUGCCGAACCAACAAUCAAGUCCUCCCUCGUCAGCGACGGCGGCGCAAAGUCCAAGAUCAAGGCCGUCGUCUUCAUGGUGGACGCCGCUGCGCUCGCAGAUGGUGACGCUCUCCCGUCAACGGCGGAAUACCUCUACGACGUGCUCCUCACUCUACAGAAGCGCUUCCACAGCCGGAAUGGUAGUCGCGCGCCCGCGUCCAUGCCUGUCUUGGUGGCGGCGAACAAGCUUGACUUGUUCACCGCUCUGCCCGCGGCGCUGGUAAAGUCUAACUUGGAGGCGGAGCUGGGGAGGAUCCGGGCGGCGAGGAGCAAGGGGUUGUUGGAUUCGGGUGUAGGGCAGGAUGAUCUUGCUGCUGGGGAGGAAGGGGACUGGCUUGGGGGGGACGGGAGCGAAAAGUUCUCGUUUGCGCAGAUGAUGGAGUUUGACGUGGAUGUGGAUGUUAUUGGGGGGAGUGUCACUGGAGAUGGGCCGGGGGCCGAGAAGUGGUGGAAGUGGAUUGGGGAGAGGGUAUAA